GCUGAUCAUGUGUCAGCUCUGCUUGAGGGGGUGUUUUUCACUUUAAGAGGAAGCUUCUCUUCUCUCUGUCUCACAUCAGUCUCACAUCAGGACCCAGCCUGUCAGCUACACAUAUCAUAGAUCUUAUCUUCUGCUCUGAGGUACAGUAUGUCUCGUCUGGAGAAGGCCAUUGUAUCCAUGGUGGAGGUGUUUGAGGAGUAUGCUACAAAGGAUGAUAAGAAUCGCCAGCUUAGCGGUACAGAGCUCGCAGAGCUGAUGAAGAAAGAGCUGGCCAGCCCAGAGUUCCACGGAAAGGUGGAACCAGCAGUGCUCCAGGAAGCGAUGACCAACCUGGAUAAGAACCAUGAUGGGGAGAUCAACUUCAGAGAGUUCUCCAUGUUCUUGGCUACUCUGGCCAGGGGCUACUACAGAGCCAGAAACAAGGGCAAGGGCAACAAGGGCAAGCCUGACAAGCCUGAAUGAGGGGCAUAAAAUAACCUGUUGACAGGUGUGGCCAGUAUCCACACACACACACACACACACACACACACACACACACACACACACACACACACACACACACACUGCUUUUCUAUGAUAAAAGAGAGAAAAUUAUACUCUUACUGUAACUUGUAUGGUGCUUUUAAGAUGUCUUCUCAACAUUUCCCCUGUUUUUUUAAAUGAAAUUUGACUUGCUUACUA